UCAGCUGCGCCUCCCUCACCCGCCUACACCUCGGCGUCUGGAGGUUCCCGGACACCGCCGCCGUCCCGCGCUCCGCCGCCUUUCCCAACCUCCGGGACCUCGCCCUCUCCUUCGUCAACAUGGAUGAACGCGACCUCACCUUCCUGCUCCACAGAAGCCCCGUCCUGGAGAUCCUCACUAUGAUUGAUCGGAGUGCGCCUCCGACUCGCGAGCCGCACCGUGCGGUGCCUUCAGCUAUGCAUGACCAAGGUGGAGGACGUCGCCAUAGUGGAUGCCCCUUGCUUGGAGAUGUUCUUGCUGUUUAUGGCUGGGAUGAACGACGCGACCUCAUCCAGGAUCAAGAUUGGCCGUGCGCCCAACCUGCGCGUGCUGGGAUACCUUGAGCCAAGAGAGCAUGUGUUGGAGAUUGGCAACACUGUCAUCUCGGCUGGAACUAAGGCGAGCCCGAGCACUGUUGUCCCGAGUGUCAACAUCUUGGGAUUGGAGGUGAGAUUUGCUGUCCGCAAUGAAGUCAAGAAAGUGCCCAGCUUCCUCAGGUGUUUUCCCAACAUCCAGACGCUCCAUGUCAAGUCUGCAACAGCUGAUGAGGCCACCGGCAAGGCUAGUCUCAAGUUAUGGAAAGAGGGCGGCCCCAUUACCUGUGUCCAGCGACAUAUGAAGAAGGUGGUUUUCCACGAAUUCAAAGGUUCGAUAAAUGAGACCGUGUUCCUCAAGUUCAUCGCCGAGAAUGCUCGAUUUCUGGAGAAGAUGGUGAUUGUGGUGGCCUAUGCAUGUUACUCUUCAGGGGAGGAUGUGAAUUCCACGCUGAAGCCUCUGACUUGUGCAAAAUGGGUCAGUGGAACUUGUAAACUUCAAGUCUUCAAGAGCCCAUUUGAAGGGACAACAGGUAGUCCAGUUUACGAUAUCCGAUUGGCAUCUGAAUUUUCGCAAAUUACUGAUCCUUUUGACCUGAUCUAUUAUAGAGAAUCACUGUAAUCGUUGGAAGUUAAUA